AUGUCAACGGUGUCGUUCGGCUUCUCCGUAUCCUGGCCAUCUUCCACCAUACCGAAGCUUCAAUCCGCCGACGACCGAGUGAAUCCCCUGGGAAACCCUCUAACGACCGUCGAAAUCUCCACGUUGGCCGCCCUGCCGUCCGUAGCGGGCUGCCUCGGCCUCUACUUCACCCCUCUAUUGACAGACAACCUAGGCAGAAAGAGCACCCUAGUGACAAUCAGCACCGUCGUGGUACUAUCCAUGCUAUCCCUAGCGUUCGCCCGUGAAAUUUACCUCUACUACAUCAGCUUGUUCGUAAACGGAUUCUGCACCAGCUGUCUGAUGGCUGUCGUAUCGGUGUACAACACGGAAAUAACAGAUAACAAUAACAGGGGUAGAAUCAACUGCCUGAUGGGGGCGUCGGUACCAUUUGGAGCGAUUUUAGUGUAUCUUUCUGGUAGCGCGAGCGUAAGAACCAUUUGUAUCGUCGGUACGAUAACUCCUGCGAUGUUUCUGGUGUUAUCGAUCUUCCUGCCGGAGACUCCGAUGUACUUGUUAACAUCUAAAAAAGACAGCGAGUGUUUAAAAGCGUUGCAACGCCUAAGAGGCACUAAAAACGUGGAGGAAGAGUACUUACAGAUGAAGAGAAAUGUCCGACAAAGCGAUAGUAAAAAGUGUAUACUGGACGUGUUCAAAACGAGAGCUUCGAUCAGGAGCUUCGGCUACACGAUGGAGCUGUUAAUGACGCAAACGUUCUCCGGUAUAUUCGUGUUGGGGGCUUUUAUGGGGCCGAUAUUCGACGAGGCCGGUGCUUACUUGACUGGUAACGCGAUCGGGGUGUUGGCUGGUGUUGUACAAAUCGUGUUUGUUGUAGUGGCUUCGUUGUUCGUCGAACGAUUGGGCAGGAAACCGUUGUUGUUCGCUUCGAUGGGUUGUUGUGUAGGUUGCCUAGCCGUUCUGUCGGUGUAUUUCUAUCUGAAGAGCCUCGAUUCGAUGUGGAUAGAGCGCGUCAAAUGGCUACCUGUUAUAAUUGUGAUAAUGUAUUAUAUUAGUUAUAGUGUUGGUGUAGGACCUGUACCGUUUGCUUUGGCCUGCGAGUUGUUUUCGAACGAAUUGAGGGCAGUGGGUUUCUCUACGGCGCUUAUCCUUUCGAAUGCCAUUAUAUUUGUGACGUUGUUCGCUUUUCCUUUGAUCUCCGAAGCGUUCGGUGUGCAUGUGAAUCUGGUGAUUUGCUGCGUUCUUUCGGUGAUCGUUGGCUUUUUGAUACAUCGCACGGUGCCGGAGACUAGAGGGAAGAGCCUCAAUGAAAUCCAGAAAAUUCUAUCCGACUGA